UGCUGCGAAAAUAUUAAACCGUGGGAGCAACCUGCCUGGACGGAGGACAAGGCAAGCAACACGCGUAGUAACCAACAGCAUCAGUUACAAUAUCAUUCGAGCUCUUCCUGUGCAGAGGAUGCUGACUGUGGGUGUGCUGCCGGUGCUGCUGCUGUGUGUGUUCGGCGGCAGCGGAGGCGGAAGCCACGUCCGGGCCACGUCCGUGCCGGAUGUCCCGGAGGAUGUGACGGCCGAGUUCUCCGUGCGGCUGUACCACCAGCUGCAGGCGGCGGUGGGGGACGAGAACAUCGUCUUCUCCCCGCUCAGCGUGGCCCUGGGUCUGGGCAUGGUGCAGCUGGGGGCCCGGGGGGCCUCGCUGGCCGAGAUCCGACACGCCAUGGGCUACAACGCCUUCAGAGAUGACGAGGAGCUGUCCCUGCUCCGCAACCUGACCCAGGCUCUGGCGGUGAGCGAGGAGCAGUACGUGCUGAAGCUGGCCAACUCCCUCUUCCUGCAGCAGGGCGUCCACUUCAACCCCGACUUCCUGCACCUGAUGAAGAAGUACUUCCGGGCCGAGGUGGAGACGGUGGACUUCAGCCAAUCGGCCGCUGUGGCCGAGCGCAUCAACAACUGGGUGGAGAACCACACCGAGAGUAAAAUUCGGGACCUGCUCUCGGCUGACGACUUCAGCAGUGUGACCCGGCUGACGCUGGUGAACGCUGUCUACUUCCGUGGCAGCUGGAAGAACCAGUUCAGGCCAGAGAACACGCGCACCUUCUCCUUCAGCAAGGACGACGGCAGCGAGGUCCAGACCCUGAUGAUGUACCAGCAGGGAGACUUCUACUACGGUGAGUUCAGCGACGGCAGCACGGAGGCGGGUGGCGUGUACCAGGUGCUGGAGAUGCCCUACGAGGGCGAGGACAUGGGCAUGAUGAUCGUGCUGCCCCGGCAGGAGGUGCCCCUGGCCACCCUGGAGCCCAUCAUUAAGGCCCCCCUGCUGGAGGAGUGGGCCAACAACGUCAAGCGCCAGAAGGUGGAGAUCUACCUGCCCAGGUUCAAGGUGGAGCAGAAGAUUGACCUGCGAGACACUCUGCAGGAGCUGGGCAUCAGGAAUAUUUUCAGCAAGGACGCCGAUCUCUCUGGCAUCACCACCGACAUGGCUGAUGGGAAGGAUCUGUUCAUCGGGAAGGCUGUCCAGAAGGCCUACCUGGAGGUGUCAGAGGAGGGGGCAGAGGGGGCCGCGGGAUCAGGGAUGAUUGCUCUGACGAGGAACCUAGUGCUGUACCCCCAGGUGAUGGCCGACCACCCGUUCUUCUUCAUCAUCAGAAGCAGGAAGACAGGGUCCAUUAUUUUUAUGGGUAGAGUCAUGAGCCCAGAAGUCAUCGAGUCCAACAUCCCAGACUUCGACUCAGUGUAAACACCUUCCUCAUAAACACCUAAUGAAUUCCACAUAACACCAUGAUUGUGUUGGAACUGUAAAGACAAGAGUCUCCACGACAACAGCACUCCACCACCUCCCAACACGAUGUCUCACGUGUCAUCAUCACUUUGCUGUGGUUUUUAAUAACCUCACAACAACAUUAUACACAAUAUACUCGAUAACACAAAUGAUUUUAAAAAAUGUGGUAGUGUUUUGAUACCGCAGGGUUUUACUGGUAGGAAAUGAAGAGCGCUGUAAAUAUAAUGGAUGAGUCGAAGUUCAGAGUGACCUUGAAGGGACGCUUCGCUUUUAUUGGGAAGGCGGAAUUUUACAACUCCCUUGCUGUUUAACAGUUGAUUUGACCAUGUUUUAAUUCGCCCAGGAUCCGGAUCUAGCAGUAGCACUUUCUGUUUUAGCUUUUCUAUCUAAUUUCAUCCAGUAACUUGUGGUUUUCGAGUAUUUUAGGGAAUAUUUGUUUUAUUAUGAUUGGAAAGUGUGAAAUGAGUGGGGUAGAGAGACAUAGGGGCUGUGGAAGAAAAUAGGAUUUGAGCCAGGCCGAAGUCGAACAUGGGCCUCCAUGGCCACCUGCCCGUAAAUGGUAUGGUUGCACUAAUACUGCGCCAAAAUACCCCCACAUUCAUCGACUUCUUUACCAAAUACUUAGUGCUACUGCCAGAUAAGGAGAGAGUACUGCCAAAUCUAAAGAGCAGCUGAAUGUAUUUGAAUAUUUUAAAACUCGACAGUUUAACUCUAAGGGAGUUGGAAAAUUAGCCCAAUUAAGUCGGGCGGUAACACUUCAUUUGACGCCAGUGUCAUAAACAUGUCAUUGCAGUGUCAUAAUAGUGACAUGGCACAACCUUGGGUUGUCUUUGCCAUAACCGAAUGUCACUUAAGGCCAACAGUCAUAAAAUGUUUCUGACAUGGACAUAAUGUUUAUGACUUAUCUAUGACUGUCAUGACACUGUUAUGACACUGUAAUGACAUGCUUAUGACACCGGCGUCAAGUAAAGUGUUACCGUCGGGGCUUGUCUCUUGAAGCAGGCAGGGAUGGAGCAGGACAUAAACAACAUAUCCACCAUGGGUUAACCUAACCUCCAUUACUGUGUUUCCGUAGUGAGCCUCAUAGGCCAGGUACACAUAAUAAUAAUAUUUAACACGGCAACUCAUCUCUCUCUCUUGUAUAUUUGCUACUGUGUCAGGUAGAGGAUUAUAGAUAUUUAUUGUGAAAAUAAUAAUGAACAGAUGUAAGCAGUAUUCUAUUUAAUCACUUUUUGGAAUCUAAUUAAAUUGAAAUUGGGAACACUCUCUAUCUCUCUCUCUCUCUCUCUCUCUCUCUCUCUCUCUCUCUCUCUCUCUCUCUCUCUCUCUCUCCAUAUAUUCCAUACUUCCUGAUGUUAUUGCUUUUAGUACAGUAAUACUACUGAUAUAUGCCUUAUGAGUUUGUGAUUGAGCAGGUAUCUGCAAGGUGUACAGGUCAGUAAGGAGGUUUCCAUGCCAAUGUGGCAUUUCAUGUACAGGGAUUUUCAAAAAGAACAACGAACACCAGCUGUAUUCACUCUUUUAAGAAAUAAAACAUG